GGCGGCGCGCGGCACGGAGCUGGCCUCGGCCGGAACCCAGCCCCCCGCGCCCCUUGCCGCAGCUUUCGGCCGUCAGGCGCCUGCGCAGCCGUCCGCUCGCCCUCGUGGCCGCUGCUGUGCGGCCUGCGUCGCGUCCGGUUGUACCCGACCGCCGGCUAUGGCCGCCGCGGGGAGCGUGCGGCUGCUGCGGGCCGCCUCCACGGUCCUCGGCGGCGCGGCCCAUCGGUGGCUGCUCCUCGCCGGACCCCGCGCGGGAGCCGGGGGCCUCCCAGGGAGCCCGAGGCCGCGCGGGAGCGCCGAGCUGGGCCUGGGCGGCGGCGCGGGGGCUGCCCGGUCGCUGAGCACGUCGGCGCGGGCGCGGAGCAGCUCAGAAGAUAAAAUAACAGUCCACUUUAUAAACCGCGAUGGUGAAACAUUAACAGCCAAAGGAAAAGUUGGUGACUCUCUACUAGAUGUUGUGCUUGAAAAUAAUCUAGAUAUUGAUGGUUUUGGUGCGUGUGAGGGAACCUUGGCUUGCUCUACCUGUCACCUCAUCUUUGAAGACCACAUAUUUGAGAAGUUAGAAGCAAUCACUGAUGAGGAGAAUGACAUGCUUGAUCUGGCGUUCGGACUAACAGACAGAUCUCGGUUGGGCUGCCAAAUCUGUUUGACAAAGGCUAUGGACAAUAUGACUGUUCGAGUACCUGAGGCCGUGGCAGAUGCCAGACAAUCCCUUGAUCUGGGCAAGAACUCCUAAGCUAGAAUAAAUAGGAAUAUUUUCAUGAAAUUUUACCUAUUUUUAUAAUUAUUAUUUUUUAAUGUAAUUGAAUGAGAACGUGGAUGAAUGGAUUUAUUAUUAUGACUAGCUUUACUACUUCAGUUUACCUUGUAUAACUGGAAUUUUAUAGUUCUGAAAGUAUGCAGUCUUAAUUUAGUUAAAUUACAAAAAUCAAAUCAAAUGUUAGAAAAUAGUUAAUAUGAUAAAACCUCAUAUAUUUUACCUUAUAUUUGUUUAGCGACUUUAGCAAAACUUUUUUCACAUAAAUGUUAGGCUUACUUACCCAUAAGGUAGGUUAAAAAAAGAUAUUAUUAUCCCUAUUAGAUGUGGGUGAAGGCAGAGAUCUCCAAUGGCUUGUCUCGGGCCUUACAACGAGUUAGAGGAUCUGUCCUAGAACCGCAUCUUGUUACUACAAAUUAUAUGUUCAAAUUGAAACUGGAGAAAUUAUGAAUAUCUUAUUUAUAGCAAGAAUUAAAUAAUGUGUACGUACAAAACUACUCAGUAAACUGCUUAAUUGCAAUUAUCGCCUUAUAAAUAAAUAUUUCACAAUUGUGA